CCGCCAUUUGGCCUUCUCUCAUUGGCCAAUCCUAUUCCCAACAUGGCUGCGCCCAUUGCACAUCUGUGGUGAAUUGAUCGUCAGCCGAGCUCUCAAUUCAGCUGGAGGAAUCCCUCUGCUGUAUCUCUGUGUUCCUGAAGUCUCAUUGGAAUAGGAAUAUUCUGGCUCAUCUUGAUCCUGGCAAUUAAGAACAAUCUAUAAAAAAAAAAAAUUAAAAAGAAGAAUCUUGCACUGCUGCAGACUGUCUACCGUAAUUAUAACUACUUCAGAAAUGGAGGUGAGGCUGGAUCUAAGCUGGAGACUGGUUCUCCCGGUCAUCAUUGGAAUCAUGCUGCUGCUGUCAUCAUGUGAUGGAGGCAAAAAGGAGAAUGAAGCCAUCAAGAAGAAAUGUGAUACCUGCAGAACAGUCACAAAGGGCUUUAAAGAGGGCAUGGAACGCACAGCACGUUCUAUGUAUGAAGGUGGAGAUGCUGACUGGGAGGAGAAAAAACUAGGCAGUUAUGCUACCAGUGAAAUGAGAUUUAUUGAAGUUACUGAAAGCCUUUGUGAGAGCAAAGAACAUGAUUGUCAUAAUUUGUUAGAAAAAGAGGAGGAGUUAUUAGAACAAUGGUGGAAGGAACAUCUAGAGACCCCAGACCUCUUCCAAUGGUUCUGCAUUGAUAAUUACAAAGUUUGCUGUCCUGAAAACACAUAUGGUCCAGAUUGUGAAGAAUGUCCAUAUGGAGUGGAAAGACCAUGCAAGGGAGCUGGGAAAUGUAUGGGUGCAGGCACCAGAGGGGGUUCAGGAAAAUGUAAAUGCAACGCCGGUUAUAAAGGAGACCUAUGUGAUAUAUGUAAGGAUGGUUACUACCAGGUGAUGAAGAACGAGACACAUACAACAUGUAAAGCCUGUCAUAAGGCGUGUACAGCCCUUUGCACUGGUGGAGGACCUAAAGGAUGCAAGAAAUGUAAAGUUGGAUGGCUGUGGGAUGAUGAAACUGGAUGCCAAGAUGUUGACGAGUGUGUCGUAGAGGCGAAACCACCGUGCGAUAUAGACGAGUUCUGUGAGAACACUCAGGGGUCCCAUAAGUGUGUUGCCUGUCAUGGCGCCUGUGAUAGCUGCCUAGGAGAAGGCAAGGAUAAGUGCGUCAAAUGUAAGAAGGGCUAUGAGAUGAAGGAAGAUGGUUGCGGAGAUACCGAUGAGUGUGAACAAGAGAAUAUAUGUGAAGAGGAACACAUGGAAUGCCAUAACGUGCCUGGAAGCCACUACUGUGACUGUGAAGAUGGCUACGACAGAGUCGGCAAUGAAUGCGUAGAUAAAGCCCUUUUCCAAGCUAACAAUGAAACAGACCAGGCAUCUGAAGAAUCAUCAGAGAAUUUGGAAUCUACCACCGUUGAAGAGGGGGAGGUCGGUGCUUCCAGUGGUGACCAACAGGCAGUAUUAACUGAUGGUGCGAAAACUGAUGAGAAAGAAACCAAUUUCGAUAAUUCAGAGUUUAGGGAAGAUUUACCAAAGGAAAAGGAUGAUGAGAUUUUAAAAGCUGGUCAGGAGAUUCCAAAUCCUUCUGAUGAUUCAGAAAAUAUGCCAACACCACAAAGUCUUCGAGAAGAAUUAUGAUGGCAUUUUACGAUAGAAAUGUAAUUUAUUUAAUGCAGAUUAUUUCAUGGCAUAAGAAUAUCACAGUAAUGUACAUCAGUACAUGUAUUG